UUCGAACCUCCCAGGAAUGUUUUCGGUCCGAUAACCUUCUCUUUAGAGUUCUUUCGGGUUGUCCCGUAUUUUUUAAUUUUUUCAUUAAUUAACUAGAAUUUGUUUGUGGACCGUAGUGACAUGUCGUAUUUAAUUAACGAAAAUUACGUUCGCUACGAGUGUACGUGCGGAUGUUUGAUGCCAAUAUCGCGUCUCUAUUUCUGUCGACACUGUCUUAAAAUCCGAUGUGGCUACUGUGUCUGCCACGAAGUCGAUAGUCAUUACUGUUCCAAUUGCAUGGAACACUUAUCUUCUGCUGAAGCAAAAGUGAAGAAGAACAGGUGCAAUACUUGCUUUGACUGCCCAAACUGUUUUCACACGCUUUCAGUCAGAGCAACAACUAGACACGCCGAAGAUGGCUCUACAAAAGCACCGACUAAACAUUAUUAUUUAUCUUGUUUUUUCUGUCGGUGGACGACAAGAGAUGUCGGGAUACCUGAGCAAACUGUUGCCUCAGGAAAUUGGCCUAUUAAAGAGAAUCCUCAUGCUGAAAAGCUUUCCAGUUUUCUUGAAUAUUACAAAUUGGUAGCAGUCAGAGAAAAAAGCCAAAGGGAGAAAAAAACCUUUGGCCCUCAUCGUAGGGGCUAUACUUCAAUUACUGAUAAAUUUGGCCUGACUUCAAUGAUAGCAAGAAAAAGGGCUGGUCUUCCAUCUUUACCACUAGGCGGUAAAGAUAUGAGUCCAAAAUCUCUUCCACUGAUUAAGCCUUGUGAAGCUGUGGAAGAUAUCAAACCACUUCCAGAAGAAUUUUUCACUUCAGCUCCAGACCUUACAAAAGUGACCACGAUUGCCCAAAGGCACUCAAAUCCAAUGCUUCAGCCAGAGAAAACAAGCGAUUUGCACCCUCAACUUCGGCAAUUUUACAUUAAAUGCUCACAAAGGUGCAGGAGUUGUGAACAUAACGUCUCAAAACCUGAAUAUAAUCCAGGAUCAGUGAAAUUCAAAAUUAGAAAUGCUGCUUAUUAUCACAUGCCUGAAGUUAGGAUAAUGACGUGUGAACCUCUACAAUCAGGGCACACUAGUGAAAUAAUAAUUAAAGUUGUCAAUCCGACUCAGCAUAUGACAACAUUACAAUUCAGUCCGUAUCAAAAGCUGAAUGAAGAUGAUAAUCAGGAUUUGACAUUAAGCCAAAUUCGAAAACCAAUCUGCAAUGUGGUAUCAAAUACCGAUAUAGAUUUGCCAUCUUCUUCGAUAAUUCUACCUAAACUUGAUGACGCGGCGGAAUAUGCAGAAGCCAGCGACACCCAACAUUUUCAGGAUGAUCCAAAAGUGGUUGUUUGGAGGAGGGGAAACAAAGCGGCGAUAAAAUUUACAAUUACUCCGGAUAAAUCUCUUGAGAAAGGGACUGAAGUUAUAUUUUCUUUCUCCCUCGAAUAUAGCUAUAUAAACACAAUGGCAACGUUGGAAUCGAAACAACCACAACGUAGUGAACUCCAGGCCAACGUUUUCGUAAAUCCUGGACAAAUUGUAGGAAAUACGAAUGAUGAUUAGGGUGCUUGAAUACAACACAUUCCUCAUGUCUUUACUCAACAUUUUGAUGGGAAGCUAUAUUACUAAUUAGCUAUAUGCUUAAUGCUUACUUUUAUCACUAAUUUUUUUAAGCAAAAAAUCACCAAACAUUAUUUAUUACACAUGUAUUAUUAUUUAAAAAAAUUAUGUACAAUAACUAAAAGGUAUUAUUAUAUGGGAAAGAGUUUCUGAUAUAAUGAUGUUUUCUUCCUCUUUUAAUAAUUUAUUUUUUACUUUUUUUCUAAUUACGAAUCUUGAAAAAUCAAUGUUUAUGUACUAAAUUUUUUAGAAGCGUAAGCAAAAAAUGCUUGUAUUGCACAAAAAUGUAAAUAAAUGUCAAAUUAUUAAAGUGAUC